AUGUCACACGAAUCCCCAAAUUAUGAUUUCUUGGAAUCCAUGGAUGAUGGUAUGUGGGAUGAUAUUCUGGCUGAUAUCAACUUUAGCACGAAUGAGGGCCCUAACAUUGAGCAAAAGUUGGCUGAUGACUUUCCGGGCAAGGAAGUCCAGCAGACUCCAACUCCAGAGGUUCCAAGCGAUCUGCAACUGGAAGCAACAAUAUCGACCGCUACCUUUGCCCACAACAAUGAGAUGAACUCACAGUCACAAUAUAUCAACCCUCAAGAUCUCAAUUCCGCCACUGCGCCUCCACAGAUCGCUGCGAAUUUCGCUAAUGCUAACGGCAUCGCUAGGGACUUGAUCUGUAAUGAACCAUCGUAUCCAAAUUAUGCUUGUCCAACAUUCACUAAUUACGCUCAGAAUUUUCCCAUGGGCCCUCUAUAUGAUGCUAAUGGCCAACUUGUAUAUUGUCCGCCUGGUCAAAUCCUUUAUCCCACAAUGCAUCCCCCUGUGGGUUACAGGCUACCUUACAUGAAUGCGCCGACCCAUCAACCCAACCCUCAACAACAGUUUACAAGCCCUCAAAUGAGCCACCAACGCAGCCCCCGACAACCCAUAAGCUCAGCAAAUCGAGUUUUGUGGAAGUCUCAGCUUUCACCAGUUCUUGAGAAACGUGCUCCAAAGCCAGGUCGCCAGUCACUCACCCGAAAACCCCCUAAACAUACUCCUGAAAGGCGGAGUGGAGCAGCCGAUAGCAGCAACCCUUCAAGCCUGCCUCUAAAAGUCAACUCACGCCACAGCAAGCAACCCCCUUCGGCCGAUACACUGACAACGCGGCCACCAUUAAAACGACCAGCGAAGGACCACAAUGGUGUGUUUCUUCUAAAUGGCAAGAUCCCACGCAAGACGCAUGGCAAGAGGAAAAGCUGUGAGCCUGUGCCGGAGCCGGAGCGCUAUUACGGGCCCUCUCCUCCAAAACCUCACGCCUGGGGUCCGCGCGACAGCAAGGGGCGUCAUCUCUUCACAUACACGGCAAAAGGCGAGCUUUCACCGGGGCUCUUCUUAUCAAUCCGCGAAAUGCGAUCGUACUUAUUGGGACCUAACCCUCGUGAAGACUUUGAUCCCCCAGCCCGUUUACCGGGUGUAAAGCUCGCGAGAAGGAAAAUUCGUCAAGGCCUAACGCUUUGGAUCGGCUGGCCGACGCCUAUGUCGAAUUUUAGAUAUCCGCGCGGGGGGGAGAGCACUAAGUGCCGCUUUGAAUCAUGCCGAUUUAAUCACACUAUUGCUCUAGGAGAACCUUGGGUGAUUUUCGACGAGAGGCAAAAUGUAGACGGCGAGAUGAUCAAUCCGUUUCACAAUGCUGGCUACGUACACCUAUUCUGCCUUGAAUAUCACUUUGAUAUCAUUGAUCUAUGGCACCUGGUUGACAUCCGCCCCGAUUACCGAUCGUUCAAGCGCGAGUGUCACCCAUAUUUUUCUCUUGAGCACAAGUUGUCGGGUAUUGACUUUGAGCUCAAAACUUGGUGGAUUGCGACAUACGAACAGUGGUGGCAACUUAAGUGUGACGGAAAGAAACGCGUACGCGACCACCCGACGUCAUUGACAAACUGCCUCAUUAACUUUAAGCUUGAUCGCGAGCCUACAUCACUCAUGAGAAACCGUGAGAAGCGAGUCGGUAUCGAUAUGGCGAAGCAUCGCGGUGACCCAGAGCUCAAGAGAAAAUACCGUCUCUAUAAACAGUACGGGUUACUUGACGAGAUGGGGUUCCCGACGGCUGAUGCAGCCGCUCAACUUCAACUGAUCGAGAGUCAACAGCGAGCAACGAAAAUGGGCCCACCUAUGCCCUCACAACCAAUUCCCACAUGGGAUAAUGGCCAGCAGUCAGGGCCAACAUUCAGCACAGGGGGGGGACAUGCGAAUCUCGUACAUCUCAACCAACCACUUCCAGCGGAUCACCCAUAUGCCCCUAAAGCCCUUAAUAUUCCAUUAGAGGGGGCGACAGGGCAGAAGCGAUCCCACGAAGACAUCACAGAUGGCACCACCAAGACACCUUCGCCUAAGCGUCAGCGACUUCACGCAUCUACUGUGCCGCAAACGUUGCCCAGCUCUAGCAUAAAAGUAGACCCCAUCGGCAGCCCCGGGGUAAUUGACAUGUACGGUAAGCUACAAGCAGAACCACAAGCGGAGUUGUUAACCGAAGCCAAUACCGCAAUGGACAUUUCUCAUGAAGUCGGAGAGAUCAAGGCUGAACCUCAAAAGGAGGACCUCAGCCCAUCUACAUCCCUGCAAUCAUUGCCCAAUUUCUCGGGUACAGCCGACUUGAGCUUGGAUGAUAUUGAUGAAUUGUUCCAUGCGCCUGAAGAAAUUGGAGAACCGGAAACGCCGCCAGAUGUACCAAAAGGUAGUUCCCCCUUCCCCCAAACCUAA